AGUUUUUCCUGGGUGUUGGGAUUGCUGCUUAGACCUAGGGAAACUUAGCAGUGGGCCCAGGGAGGCAACUUUUACAGAGGCAGGCUAGGAUGCUGAUGCCAGCAAACCCCGAUUUCCUCUUCCCUCAGUCACCAUGGUGCGCAUGAACGUCCUGGCAGAUGCUCUCAAGAGCAUCAAUAACGCCGAGAAGAGAGGCAAACGGCAGGUGCUCAUCAGGCCGUGCUCCAAAGUCAUCGUCCGCUUCCUGACCGUGAUGAUGAAGCAUGUCACUUGUCUUACAGGCUACAUCGGUGAAUUUGAGAUUAUUGAUGACCACAGAGCUGGGAAAAUUGUUGUGAACCUCACAGGCAGGCUGAACAAGUGUGGCGUGAUCAGCCCUAGAUUUGAUGUGCAACUUAAGGACCUAGAAAAAUGGCAGAACAAUCUGCUCCCGUCUCGUCAGUUUGGUUUUUUUCCUCCAUAGCUUCAUUGUACUGACAACCUCAGCCGGCAUCAUGGACCAUGAAGAAGCAAGACGAAAACACACAGGAGGGAAAAUACUGGGAUUCUUUUUCUAGAGAUGUAACACAUAAAUAAAAAGCCUCCGUGGACUGUGCUGGGCUGAGUCCUUUUGAACCUUUGCAUCCAGCACAGUGGCUGGUUGUGCUGACUGAAGCUAAGACAGUCCUGUGACCACACCAUCACUUGGCUGCUGUGCUGUGUCCAGCUCAGGAUGGUUACGUCUGUGUUGGUGUCCGGUGGUGCUUAGCUGAGGGUUGGCAUAAAUAUUGAAAACAUGACCAGUGUCUUCUGUGUGUGGCUGUAAGGAGGCCCU